AGCAGCGCCUCCCCUUUCACUUUCAGUUCGGACGAUCAUUUCAAAGUGAGUGACCAAACAGACAGACUAUAACGACAGAUAAGCAUGUGUUCGUGGUGUUUUCAUAUUUCAGAGUAGGCUAUAUAGACUGCCAAUGAUCCCAGAAUCACAGGCUACGGAAUAUUUAGCAGACCGACGUUUGUAAGCGUGUUUUGUUUGGGAUAUUAAUUUCGAAAGUUUCAAAAGAGACGCAUUUGUUCUUAACUGAUACGCGUACACGUAUGAUUACGAAUGAAAGAUUUACUUCACCUUGUAGUCGGGGAGCAAUGACGUUCAGGAACUAUUCUGGACCUUGUCUGUUGGGUUCUGAUUGUGACUGUUGACUUUGAGACAAGACUGAAUUCCACUAUGAGCGCUCACCAGUUGAUCAUAACACAGCGAGCAGAGCUUCUGACAGUCCUAUGUGGUGGAGGCAGUGCCGAACCUCUGGAAUGUGUUCUGGACCUGCUCCUGGCAUGGGAGGUUCUUGUUUGGGAGGAUUACCUAAACGUACGAGUGGCGGAGAAACCUCUAUGUUCUAACAUCAGGCAACUUUUAGAUGUGGUGCAUGAUAAAGGAGAAGAUGCAUGCAGCCAUUUUUUGGCUGCGAUUAACCAGGUCUUACCAGAGGAGCAGAAGGCUGGGUUGUGUUUUGGGAAUGGAUGUGCUGCGGUGGGCAAGAACAGACCAGACACUGCAACUUUAAUGUUACUGGUUGACAGGCCAGUGUUAGUGACAAAGCUCAGAGAUAAUAUUGACGGAGCAUUGAAUGUUUUACUGACAACUGGCUGCUUCACCAUCCAAGAUUGUGAUGGGGUACAACUACCUGUAUACACACCCUCACAACAGGUUCGGAGGCUGUUAGACCAAGUGAAGUUUAAAGGGGAAACUGCUGCAAAGACCUUACUACAGUAUCUAGAACAAGCAGAGCCAACCAAACCAAAAAAUGAAGAUAAAGAAAAUCAUCUUUCUGCCGAUUGUCUGCUGUACCAGAAGAAGCUGCGAAGCUCUGUUGCUGCCCAGUCCCUCUUCCUUAGCACCUACGGUGGGGCAGGACAUUUCUCCUUGGAUGAUAUUUACACUGAUGGGCUUCUUGAAGUGGUAGAUGAUUCUGGUGAAACUAGUACAUUAGGGCUGGAGGAUGUGGUGGGUCCCAUAGGGACUCUUAAUGAAGAUGCUGACACCAUUCUUUUGUCUGGGGAGGCAGGAAGUGGCAAAAGCACACUGCUUCAGCGAAUGCACCUGCUCUGGGCAAGAGAAGCUUUGCUCACAAACACUUUCCUGCUGUUCCCCUUCAGUUGCCGCAAACUGAAUGCAGAGCACAGAGAGCUGUCUCUGAAAGAGCUCCUCUUCCUGCACUGCUGCUGGCCUGAUCGAAGUCAGGAUGAGGUUUUCCAGUUCAUCCUAGACCACCCUCAUAUGGUCCUCUUUACUUUUGAUGGGCUUGAUGAGUUCAAACAGGGUUUCAGGGAUGAAGAACGUCACUGCUGCCCCACAAAGCCAGUGCCUAUACCUGUAUUGCUUUUCAAUCUCUUGCAGGGUACGCUAAUGAAGGGCGUUUUGAAGGUGGUCACCAGCAGGCCACAGGCUGUGGGCCCAUCGCUGAAGCGCUAUCUCCGCAAAGAAGUGCACCUGAAGGGUUUUUCUCCUAGUGGCAUCAACUCCUUUGUAAAGAAACAUCACAGCGACCCUGCUAUGGCUAGACGUGUCAUAGAUUCCCUCCAGGUUAACACGGUGUUGCUAGGUCUUUGCCACAUCCCAGUCUUCUGCUGGAUUGUAACCAAGUGCCACCAGGAGCUUCUGGGUGGUCAAGAUGGUAUUCCUCAGACCAUUACCGAUGUCUACCUACUGGUCCUACAGCAUUUCUUCCAGCGAAAGUCAUCUCUGUCCCAAGGAGCCCUGGGAAAGGCCUGGUUGGAGGAACAUUUGGACACAGUGUUAAAACUUGGACAGUUGGCAUUGGAAGGCCUGGAAGCCUCUUGUUAUGUGUUCUCUGGAUAUGAGCUACAAAGAAAUGGGCUCACAGAACAGGAUGUCAGCAUGGGUUUCCUCAUUUUCUGCAAUGACCUAUCUGUGACAGAUUGUAAACACUAUGAGUUUCUGCAUAUCACCUUACAAUGCUUCUUCGCUGCUCUGUAUGUUGUUCUGAAUCGUAACAACAAUCGUUCUGCUAUCUCCAGACUCUUUCAGCCUCAGCACAGGCAGUUGUCGGGCCUGUCUCAAAGAUGUCUUGGACACUGUAUUGAUCCUUCGGUUGAGGAGGCGGAAUCUCAUGUGGCAGAGACACCAAACCUCCAGAUUACAGCUCAGUUUGUGUCAGGACUUUUAUCUCAGCGGCACCAUAGUCUCCUCCUGGACUGCUGUCCCACUGCUGUGCGUGAACGCAAAUUCAAGCAGGUUGUGAAGUCAUUGUCUAAAGGCAUGCAGAGACAUUUCAAGUCCAUUCCUCGUCCUGUAGAGGGUGAAAAGAAAAGCAUGCAUGCUAUGCCAAGUUUUGUUUGGCUAAUCAAGUGCAUAUAUGAAAUGCAAGACAAAAGUAUUGCUCAAGAUGCUGUGGCUAAGUUGGACGUUGAACACCUGAAGCUCACCUACUGUAACAUUGGACCGGUGGAGUGUACCGCACUGGCGUAUGUGCUAAAGCAUCUGCGGAAUCCUGUUGGGCUUCAGUUAGACAACAAUUCAGUGGGAGAUGUGGGCGUGGAGCAGCUUCUACCGUGCCUACAUAUUUGUCACUCCCUUUAUUUAAGGAACAAUAACAUAUCAGAUGAAGGAAUCCGGAAAGUUCUGGAAAAGGGAGCGAAAUGUGAAAGCUUCCAAAAAAUAGCGCUUUUUAACAACAAGCUCACAGAUGCUUGCACCCAGCACUUUGCUUGUUUGCUAAAAACAAAGCAGAACUUCCUGUCUUUGAGGCUUGGAAAUAAUAACAUCACAUCACAGGGAGCGGAGCAGCUUGCAGAAGGCCUAAGCUACAACCAGUCCUUGCAGUUUCUGGGAUUAUGGGGUAAUAAAAUUGGGGACAGGGGAGCUGAGGCAUUGGCAAAUGCGCUGAAGAAUACCACUACGUUAAUAUGGUUAAGUCUGGUAGAUAAUGGUGUGGGCAAUGCAGGUGCAUGCGCUCUGGCUAAACUGAUCAGUCAGAGCAAAACUCUAGACGAACUGUGGCUAAACAAAAACUGUAUCAGCAGGGACGGAGUUGAGUGUCUGAUAGAGGCACUGAAAAUGAACACUAGUGUUAAGGAAAUCUGGCUGAGAGGAAAUAAUCUGAGCCCAGAGGAAGAAGAGGAGCUGAGCAAGCAAGAAAGCAGAUUGACCUUCUGAGGGCAAAAUGCCUCUGCAAUGCCUGCCACCAAACUCCCAAAUCCAAUGCCCAUGUUUUUUUUCUUUUUUGUUUUAAACAACAAAACAAAACAAAACAAAUGCACACAAGCAGGAAGCCAUAGCUAGUCAAAGUGCAUGUCUUGUAAAUGGCUGAUCUGGAAUAGAGGUAGUUCAGAAGCUAAAUAUCUAGUGUCUAACCAAAACACGGGUGUCCAAUUCUGCUCCUGGAGGGCCACUCUCCUGCAGAGUUUAGCUCCAACCCCAGUUAAACACACCUGAACCAGUUAAUCAAGACUAUACUAGAAACUUCCAGUCAGGUGUGUUGAGGCAAGUUGGAGCUAAACUUUGCAGGACAGUGGCCCUCCAGGGCCGAGUUUGGACACCCCUAACCCAGAACGUCAGAUGGGGCUGGAGAAUGACUGGGAUCCUCUGUUACCAUUGUGACUUGAAUGUGCCUCAGGUUGCUUCAUCAAGACUGUCAUAAAUGUACUGUAAAAGUGUCUUUGUAGAAGAAAACCUCAGAACAUUAAUAAGUAAGAUGCAAACUUUCUACCCAGUACACAAACUUCUAAAGUGGGCCUAGUGACACACACCAAAAGGAACAUAAACAUUUGUCUGACUCUAUCCAUUGCACUGUCUUAGUUUUCAUUUAUUGUACACAGUAUUUUAUUUUAUAUGAGAGUUUACAUUUUGUAUUGUAUAUUCAUAGUCUAUUUGUCUGUUACUUGCAACACAGAUUGUCAGGGUUUGUUAUGAUGUUUGUAAAUCCCUUUAAUUACAUCUUCUAUGACUUAUGUUAAGCUGCAUGGAAACCAUAGAUUUAUUUGUUUAUUCUUUCUCACACAAAACUCCUGAACUCAUGAAACAGAUGUUUACUGAUAAAAGUUUACAAGAGCUUCAUCUAGGAUCUAUGUAAAACAUGCUGUAAAAAUACAAAUUUAAGAAAAUAAAACUGAAUUUUAUAAGA